AAAAAAAAAAAAAAAAAAACUCUCUCUCUCAGAGAAGAGAGUCAGAUCCAACCAAAUCUCGAGCUGGGUCGAUCGGAUGUCCCCAGAAGGGCGAGGGGAGAAAGAACCUGUGUCUCCUGUUUUCUGAUCGUAACCAGCUCCGGUAACAGUAUUUUCUUUUAUUCAAAUUUGUUUCGAGUGAAAUGGUAAAAUUCACCACUUCCGUUUAUUGGUAGUACUACAGCUUCCUCUCCAUCUUUCUUUCUUCCCUAAAAUUAACUUCCUCCACCACCCCCCAAUUCAAACCCUUACAGUGUGAAUGAACGAAUGGGCAAGUUCCACCUCCAAAAGGGAUCGGUGGGAUCCGUGGUCCUCGACCAACCUCUCACCGGAGUGGGACAACACUUUAAUAAAAAGACCUCCUCCUGGUCGGCUUCUUCAUUCCGCCGCAUUAUUCUAGACACCGUCCGUUGUGGUGUCCGACACCACCGCCACCACAAGCACCAUACCCCUACUCCCCACUCUCCUCCCCUACUUCUCGAUUCAGAUUUACCCAGCAACUCUCAAUUUACGCCGCCCAACCAUCUCCCCACUACCCUGAGAUCGGAACUGAAGAAAAGCACCAGCAUCAGUAAUGGUGGCUGCCUAAGAUCCGAUAACAACAAGCUGUGUGACCUGCUGAGGGUCGCGUCGGAAUUGUCAUCCUCCCAAGACGAGAUGAUUGAUUUGCAGAAGAAGAGGAAAAUGGAGGCGUUGGAAGAGUUGAAGAGAGUAGUCCUUCAACUUCAGGACGAGGAAAAUCAAAGUGGGGUUUUGGAUGGGGCUAGAGAAAUUAGAAGGCUGACUAAGGAUGAUGCUGAAGCCAGAGCAAAUCUGGGGUUGCUGGGUGCCAUCCCUCCAUUGGUGGCUCUUCUUGACGCCCCACCGCCUUACAGGGAUCUACCCUUUCAAGUUGCUGCUCUCUAUGCCUUGCUUAACCUCGGCAUUGGAAACGACGCGAACAAGUCAGCCAUUGUGAAAGCUGGGGCCGUCCACAAAAUGCUUAAACUCAUUUCAUCAGCGGAUGGACACCCUGAUACUGACCCUGAUGUCGCAGAAGCAAUAGUUGCAAAUUUGCUAGCCCUGACUGCACUUGAUGAAAACAAACCAGUUGUUGGUUCUUCUGGUGCCAUCCCAUUCUUGAUAUCAACCCUCAAAGAUCCUCAUCAUAGAUAUAGUUACCAAGCGAAGCACGAUGCUCUGCGAGCCCUUUAUAAUUUGUCAAUUUCUCCUCUCAACCUCUCCCCAUUACUUGAAGCUGGAUUAGUCCCAUUCCUGUUCUGCAAGCUGGGAGAUAUGAAUGUCAGUGAGAGGGUACUGUCCAUUCUAGGCAAUAUUGUGUCGAUGCCAGAAGGUCGACGGGCCAUAAGCUAUACCGUCGAUGCAUUUCCAGCGUUGGUUGACGUACUGAAUUGGACCGAUUCACCAGGUUGCCAAGAGAAAGGGUCGUACAUUUUGAUGGUGAUGGCUCACAAGGCAUAUGGGGAUAGACAAGCUAUGGUUGAGGCUGGAAUAACUUCAUCCCUUCUAGAAUUAACACUUCUAGGCACUACGCUUGCACAAAAGAGAGCAUCCCGUAUAUUGGAGUGCUUGACCUUGGACAAAGGAAAGCAGGUAUCUGGGAACAGCUAUGGCGGCGGAGGUUUGAGCCCAACAUUGUCAGCCCCUCUCUGUGACCAGAGCCUUCAGUUGGAUAAUGAGGAAUUAGAGGACGGUGAUGACAUGGUGAGUGAAGAAAGAAAAGCAGUCAAGUUGCUAGUCCAGCAAAGUUUACAGAACAAUAUGAAUAGAAUAGUAAGAAGGGCUAAUUUGCCUCAUGAUUUUGUUCCCUCGGAUAAUCUAAAGUCGUCCAUGGCAUUAGGUUCUACAUCCAAGAGCUUACCAUUUUAGGAAGGUCUAUUUGAUAAAAUUUAAUUUGGGUAAGAAGUCUGAAAUCUGAGGACUGAAUCAUAAGUAUUGAACUGAUUUAGUUUGUCUUGUUUAAUAAAAAUCAAAUCUGAAGAAUCAAAUGAAAUGUCUGAAAUCUGAAGUCUAAAUAUUAAAUUUAAAGUAUCUCAACC